CACCGCCAAACGCUUGUGUACCACCACUGGCCGAUCGGUCGUCGUCGGUUCGGUGAAACUUUGUAAAAUUUGUAUUAUUUAAAUCGAAAGCAUUUUUUGUUUAUGCUAAUCGCGUAAUUGUGCGUACUGCUUAAGUAGCAAAAAGUUAGUUCCCUAAGGAUUCACAUACACACACACAUAUAUAUAUAUAGAGAAUGUUUAACUUUAUGAAGAAGAGCGCGGGUGAUGAGGAGAAGGAGCGUCGCAAGCGUGAAAAGAAACUGCGCAAAGAGGCUAAAGGCGGCAGCAGCGGCGUCGGCAGUGGCGGCGGCGUUACCGGCAGCAUGAGCACUGAUGAGCUGCUGCGUCUGGAGGAAGUACGUCGCUCCUUGAAAAUACGCGGACGUCGUAAGGAAAAGGAAAAGCUGCCCAGCGGAAUUACAGGUGAUUAUAGCGCCGACUUCUUUGCCGCCCUCAAUGCGGAUGCUGGAACUGGCAAUGGGAAUGGCAAUGGCAAUGCUGGGCCGGAGCAGGAUCGUGGCAAUGAGGAAAUUGUAGCAUCUGUGAUGACACACAUCGAGAGUCGGACUUCGUCGGCCAAUGGGUCAGGGAUUGGCAUUAAUCUCAACUACGGUGAGGUGACGCACACGCUGCUCGCUGGAGGAUUGAAGAAUCGAUUCUUGCCACCGGUGCCACCGAAGCCACCCAAGCGUGGCAUUUUGAAGGGUUCGCGAAGCAACAUGAGCAACGUGCACGAGGAGAUUGUCUUUACCGGCAGUGGAGGAGGUGGAGGAGGCACUCCUGAAAUGCUGAUGCGCAACACCAUGCAAAAUGAGCAACUGUUUGAGGGCAGCCGUGGUGGUGGUGGCGGCGGGGGCAGCGGUGGCUCCAAUUCGAGCCAACACGGCACCUCAUUCACAUCCGUGGAAAGUCUGCGCAGUGAUGGCGAUCACACGCCCAAUCAACGCGCCAUGACGCUGCCCGCCAAUGCCCGCUACGGUGCUCCACAGACGCCCACUCAGGCUGCCCAUUUGCAUGUGCUGACAUCGCCAUCGCCGAGUGCAGACAGUCUCACAGAUACCACAAACUCCUCGUUUGCCACGCCGCCAUUCUCGCUCAGUCCCAUUGGAGAAUCUCAGGGCAUCGAUCGCUGGGCUCGCGUUCAUGCUUUCGAAGAUGUUCAACUGCCACUGCCACCGGUGCAGCUGGUGCAGUUGCCACCGCCUCGACAACUGGUGAUCAAGCGACAGAAAUCGCCGCGUCAGGACUUUGGCUUCAGCUUGCGCAAGGCCAUUUGCCUUGAUCGCACCGAAUCGUUGACCUCGCCCAUUUUUCGGCCCGUUAUCUUUGCGGAGCCAGGUGCUGGGGGCGGGGCGACGGGUCUGCUGCCAGGCGAUCGUCUUAUUCAAGUCAAUGGCACUCCUGUGGGCGAUUUGUCGCGCGAGAUUAUCAUCGAGAUGAUACGCAAUAGCGGCGAUGCCGUCACCGUUGAGGUUCAGCCCGUGGCUGAGCUGGUGGAGCUAAGCAAACGCUGCAUGGCGCCAAGCACGGCCACCGUCGAGGAGAUCGAUCAUUCCAUUAACAACGGCAACUGCAACACGCUGCGUCGCAGUGCCAGCAAACGCUUCAAGCGUCAGAGUCGUCACGAGAAUGGCACUGGAGGCAUUGGCAAAAGUAGCAGCGAACUGGAAGAUAUUACUGAUGGCUCGCAGCCGGAACGUGUGUGGCUCGUGCAUCGCGGUGGCUUCACAGCAGCACUGCGUCUUCCGCCCACAGACGAUGCGCCCCAGGAGGAGCAUAAGCUAAGUGUCCGCCUUUUGCACAAUGGCGAACUGUUGACCGUCGAUGAGGAUGACAUCGAGAAGCAGAACAGCGCCGCACUCGAUCUGGCCGAGGACAUUUGUGAGCUGCGGUAUUUGAACGAGGCUUCAGUGCUGCACUGCCUCCGACAGCGAUAUGCCAGCAAUCUGAUACACACCAAGGCGGGGCCCACGCUGCUCGUGGUCAAUCCUAUGGCACCGCUGUCGCUAUACUCUGAGAAGGUUGUAUCCAUGUUUCGCGGCUGCAAAACGGAGGACAUGCCGCCCCACGUCUAUUCGCUGGCCCAGACCGCCUACAGGAGUUUGGUUGAAACGCGACGCGAUCAAAGUCUCAUAUUCAUGGGCCGUUCUGGUUCUGGCAAGACUACAAGCUUUAAGCAUGCACUCAACUACUUGGCGUUGGCUGCUGGUGCCUACAAUAAUUUCAUUAAUGCGGAAAAGGUUGGCGCUCUGUGCACAAUUCUGGAGGCGUUUGGGAACACGAGAACCUGCCUCAACUCGAAUGCGACACGGAUGACGCAGUUGCUGAGUCUGGACUUUGAUCAAACCGGACAAAUAGCGUCAGCCUCGCUCCAGGUUUUGUUGCCGGAGCGUCAAAGAGCUGGCAGACGAUUGGCACAGGAGCAUAGUUUUCAUAUUAUGACACGGCUAUUAGCAGGUGCAGCUGGAUUGCUGCAGAAGGAGCUGCAUUUGGAGAACAUCUCGUCGGAGGACAGCCAUCCUUUUAUAUCGCUCUCACAGCGUCUUGAGGAUCGUCAUCGUGCUGCCAACGAUUUUAUGCGUACUGUGCAGGCCUUUGAAACAUUGAACAUAGAUGCAAAAGCCGUGCGUGGUAUUUGGAGUAUAUUGGCGGCGAUUUAUCAUCUGGGUAUUGCUGGCAUAACGAGAAUGGGCACAGGAUCGACGGCGCGCACGCAAUUUGCAAAUCCAACAGCAGCUCGCAAGGCGGCCAGCCUGUUGGGUGUCAAUCUGGAGGAUCUAUCCUCAGCGGCUUUCGGUUUGACUCAACCAAAUGCCAGCGCCGGCAGUCUGAGUCCCUCGAAAUCGCCCACUUCGGAUGGCGGUCAGGAAUGGGCCUGGGAAUGCUUAGAGGCGCUCGUCAUUGGCCUCUAUUCGGAGGCAUUGGCUGCUGUGGUCGCUCUGAUCAAUCGUCAGAUCUGCACAUCCGCUCAUACGAUUGCAUCGAUUAUGCUUAUCGACACGCCGGGCUUCCAAAAUCCCGCCAGCUGUGGCCAACAGCUGGGCGCCUCGUUAGCCGAUUUGCGACACAAUUAUCUGCAGGAACGCCUGCAGAUGCUUUUCCAUCACACAACGUUGGUGGCACCACGCGAUCGCUAUGCCCAGGAGCUGGUGGAAAUCGAAAUGGAUCACGCAUCCGAAUGCCAUCCGGGUCCGCUGAUAUCACUGAUUGACAAAGCACCACAGAAUCAUGUGGUGCGCUCCUCUCAGCGCGAUCUGCGUGAACACGAUCGUCGUGGCAUGCUCUGGCUAUUGGACGAGGAAGCCAUCUAUCCCAACUCCAAUGAUGACACAUUCCUCGAGCGUUUAUUCUCACACUACGGCGACCGGGAACAUCACUCUCUGCUGCGCAAAUGUGCUGGCCAGCGACAGUUUGUGCUGCACCAUCUGCAGGGCACAAAUCCAGUGUUGUAUGCCGUUGAUGGUUGGGUGCGGCACAGCCGCGAGCAUCCCGGUAUACGGAAUGCGGUGUCGCUGUUGCAAGACAGUAGUCGCGAGGAGAUCAAUCGUCUUUACAUUGGCUCGUUAACGCGCGGCUCUGGUGCCAUGGUCUUUUGCGGCUCCUUUGCAGGCCUCGAGGGCACACAGUCCUUGCGACGCGUGUCUAGCAUUCGUCGAUCCUUCACCACAGCGGGUGUCAAGCGCAACUCGAUUAUGCUGCAGGUUAAGUUCACUGUGGACGGUAUUAUUGAUACACUUCGACGAACUGGCACGCACUUUGUGCAUUGCUAUUUGCUGCAACACAAUGCUGGUAAACAGGCCAAGUAUACGGCAAAUGGAUCGCCCAGCUCGGCAGCGGGCCAAGCAGCCACCGAGGAGGAGCUGGUCAAUGUGCCAUUGUUAAGAAGUCAGCUACGUGGCUCACAAGUUUUGGAAGCAGCGCGUCUGCACCGUUUGGGCUUUCCUGAGUCUGUGCCAUUGUUGGAGUUUGUGCGACGCUUUGGCCUCCUCGCAGGCGAUCUGGCGAACAGCAAAGAUAUCAGUGUUGAGCAGAUUCUAGCCGUUAAUGAACUGGACGUUGCAAGCUAUCGUAUCGGACCAAGUCAGAUACUCUUCCGUUCGGGUGUAUUAAAUGAGCUGGAGGCCAAACGAGAUGUGCUGCUCUCGGAUCGUAUCAUCCAGCUGCAGGCCUUCUGUCGCGGCUACUUGGCUCGCAAGAAGAUGUCACAACGCCGCAUUCAGGAAUUGGCAGUGCGUUGCAUACAACGCAAUGUGAAGGCCUUCUUGGCGGUAAGGGAUUGGCCCUGGUGGCGUCUUUUGGUUCGUGUGACGCCGCUGCUCAAUGUACAUCGCACAGAGGAGCAGCUGAAGAUUGCCAACGAGGAGCUGAUUAUGCUGCGCGCCAAGCUGGAGAAGAUCGAAUACGAUCGCAGUGAAGUCAAGAAUGAGAAUCAGAAAUUGGAAGCCAAGUUAUCCGAGCUGACCGUGGAUCUGGCCGAGGAACGCUCUACGGCGCAUAUAGCCACGGAGCGACUGGAGGCGGAGACUGGCGAACGUUUGAAGCUCGAGAAGGAGCUCGGGGACCAGCAGUCAAAGGUGAAGAAUCUGCAGGAGAUGACCGAGAAACUGGAAAUGGAAUUAAUAUGCGCAAAGUCCGAUUUGAAUGGCAUCUCCGAAGAUGAGGAUGGCGAGCAUGAAGAAGGCGCCGGUGGCGUUUAUAAGCUGAAAUACGAGCGUGUUGCAAGGGAAUUGGAGUUUACCAAACGCAGACUGCGAACGCAGCAUGAGCAUGAUCUAGAACAGCUGGUCGGGCUAAAGAAGCAAUUGGAAAAGAAGCUAUCCGAUGCCUACGAAGAAGUUGAGGAACAACGUCAGGUUGUGGGCCAAUGGAAACGCAAGGUACAAAAGAUGACCAACGAGAUGAAUGAUUUGCGCAUGCUGCUCGAGGAGCAAAAUGCACGCAACAAUUUGCUGGAGAAGAAGCAGCGCAAAUUUGAUGCCGAGUGCCAAUCCCUGCAGGAUGCAUCGCGCCAGGAGCGACAGGCCAAGGAGCGGUACGGCCGUGAGAAGGAUGUGCUGCAAGCCGAGAAGUUUACGCUGGAACAAACGCUGGCGGAUACGCGUCUUGAUCUCGAGCUUAAAGAGGAAAAGUUGGCAUCACUGCAACGCGAACUCGAGGAGAUGACAUUUGGCGGCGGCACCGAGGAGGAGUUUGCCCAGCUGCGGCGCUCCAAAAACGAAACCGAACGUCGCGCCAAGGAGCAGGAGGAAGAACUGGAUGAAAUGGCCGGGCAAAUUCAGUUGCUGGAGCAGGCCAAGCUGCGUCUCGAGAUGUCGCUGGAAACGAUGCGUAAAGAAGCGCGCCGAGAGUCACAGCAGCGUGACGAAGAGCUGGAGGAGGUGCGUGGCAAUGGCUACAAGAAGAUCAAGGCACUCGAAUGCCAGCUGGAAACGGAACACGAAGAGCGCACGCUAUUGUUGCGCGAAAAACACGAACUAGAGCGUCGCCUCUCAUCCAUGGAGGAUCGCGAUCGUGUGGAUCGUGAUGCCGAGGAGGCGCAGAAUCAGAAACUUCGUCGCGAUUUGCGCAAAUACAAGGCGCUGCUCAAGGAUGCUCAAACGCAGCUGGAACGCCUCAAGGCCGAUACGCCCGGCAAGACGCUGAUCAGGCAGCUGCGCAAUCAGCUGGAGGAUGCAGAAUCAGCUCGCUCAUUGGCCAUGAAGGCACGACAAACCGCUGAGGCCGAGCUGACCGAGGUCCAGGCCAUGUUCGAAGAAUCACACAGAGCACGCAACGAUGCCGAGGAACGCGCCAAUACAGCGCAUCGGGAUCGCGCUGAACUGCAGGCCCAGAUCGAGGAGAAUGAAGAGGAGUUGGGUGAACUUAUGAAGAAGUACAGUGCGACAGUGAAACAGCUCAAUGCGGAGCAAAUUAAUGUCUCCGAAUCAGAGUUCAAGCUCACUGAACUGGAGGCUGAGCGCAAUAAUCUAAAGGAACAGGUUGCCGAGCUGCAACAUCGUCUCGAUAAUGUCGAGAGCUUGGGUGAUCCUACCAUGGCGGUGAUGUCAAAACGCUUGGAAAUGCGCACCAAGGAACUGGAAUCACGCCUUGAAUUGGAGCAGGCGACACGUGCACGCCUUGAAGUGCAGGUUAGCCGGCAUAAGGAAUCGCUAGAAAAGCUGCAAAACGAAGUCACUCAGUCAAAGAUUCGAGAAAUGCAAGGCCAAGAAGUGCUGAAGAAAUCGCAAAAGAGUUUGCGUGACAUGCGCGAAGAGUUCCACUCCCUCUCCAGUCGCGAACAGGAAUCCUUGACGCGUCGCAAGGACCUCGAAAAGAAAAUGGAGGUCAUGGAAUCCGAGGGCACGGCACUCAAGAACGAUUUGCGAUUGGCGCUGCAACGCAUUGCGGAUUUGCAGCAAGCCAUGGAGGAGGAGGGCGAAGAAGAGCUCAGCGAAAGUGAUGAGAGCAUCAGCUCGGUGGGCUCCAUCAGCGAUCUGGAAGAUCGCCUGCGGCCAGUGCAUGUGAAGCGCAGUUCACAGCAGUCGUUAAACGGCAUCGGUGUCGCGCCAAGCACGACUCGCACGAUAGUUUGCGAGAAGGACGACAACAGCCCUAGAAUAACAGUGACGUCGCCAUCGUCGCCACACAUACAUAAGCUGGCACUGGCGGCUAAAGCCAUACCGGAUCCAAAACCGGACACAAAAACUGCAGCACCUAAGAAAUUAACGCCAACAGCGGCUGCAGCGACACCAACAACAUUAUCUCCGAAAACAGGAACAACACCAACAACAGCAGCAGCAUCAGCCGCAGCAACAACAAUAAAUGGAGUUGAUAAGCCCUAGAAGUAUCUCAACGGCAGCUGCAUGUUUCUUUAUUAUACAUAUUAUUUUUCUUGAACUCUGUAAUAUUAAUUAGUUUUGUUUUUUUAUUUGAUUACUGUUUAGUUCAAUAUGUUUAACUAUUUAUUAUCAAAAAUUAGCUACUUAUAUAAAUAUACAUAUAUUUAAAUAUAAUAAACACAAUCUACAUAUACAUACAUAUAUAAUCAAUUCCGUUUCGAAUGGAAUCGUAGUUAAUUUAAUUUGCGACAGUCCCUAUCUAAAACAAAAGUGAUUAACAUGUUUUAUCCUUCUCACAAAAAUAAAUAAAUAACACUAACUAACGUUUGACACAUAAACGACCUACACACCUAUAGCAUAUAGACCAUUUUCCUAUAGCCAACUUAAAUGAAAUGAAAUUAGUUAAACGCGUUUCAAAAUCAUAGAGAA